AUGGAGUCUCCACUGGUCCCCCAUUCAAGGGAGAAUAGGAAGCCAUUCCAGGGCUCCCUUGUUGCAGAAGCUGAUGACACCCACGGGACUGAAGGAAAGGAAGCAAGCCUGCGUCAAGCCCAAGAAGCCUCAGGAAGCCUCUAUUCUCUUAUGAAAGUGAAGGAAGAGAUUGUGGACAAGGGCGCCAUCAUCCAGUUCUGCUACCAGGAGGCUGAGGAACCUUGCCAGGUACGCAGUGUUGGACAUGAUCAGUGCUUUCUCCUGGUUUGAGAGAGCUCUUGGUCAAAUGUUCUCUGGUGGACUCCCUCAUAAGACCCCUCUUGAAUCAGGCCAAAGUCCUGAAUUUUAUUACAGGCCUCUGGCUUUUGUGCUCACAGUGGCCCUGCAGAUACUUCUGGGAAUCCCACAAGCAGGUUAUGAGCACAGCAGCUCUCUUCCCACACUGGUGGGCCUCAUAUUUCUUACCAGACAGAUUCUGGUGCUAGCUGUGAUACCGCUAUUGUCAGAGGCCGUGUGUAUUCUGAAUCGCUAGAAUUCACAGGGUGGGGGGAGGGAGAUAGGACUCUUCUUAUGUUCUUAGAUGUGCCUUAAGUGGCUGCUUCUACAAGAGAUAAAGUGUGGCUAAUUUCCCUGGUAGGGAGGCUCUGCAGUUUUGGUGCCAGGAGUCAGAGGAACCAACCCCCACGGCAGGUUGCCAGGAAUGGAUAAGACAAGGGAAAGUCCUUACCAUCUGCUUUUAUUCAAUAUUUACAAAGAGAGGCUUGGGAAUGCAGCCUGUUGGUGUUGUCCUGAGUGACUUUCCUUCCCCUUUUCCUCCCUCUUCCUCAUUCCUCAUCUCUUUUACAGGUGGCACUAAGGGCCGUUUCUUCUGAGCCCUUUGCUCUCCUACUUUUAAGGCUUGCUGGGUUCUGGGAGAUGGUGGGUCUGGAAUGCUUUCUAGUGAUAAUGUGUCAGCCAGCUGCUCCAGCUAUGCCUCCUCCUCCUCCUCCUCUCCCAUUGGUUCCCAACUUUCCCCCUUAUCUUCCUCUGAGCUGUGACCUCCCUCAAACCCCUGUUGUAAUUCUGAACUGUCUUCUUCUCUGGAAGGGUCAGGCUGGGGAGGUGGUCUCCACCAUUCCUCCUCUGCCCAGUCCCUGACAAAAGGACCUCUCAUGAUGACGGCACGCAUAGUGGGGCUCGUGAUAUCCCUUCCCUCCCUACAGUCCCCCGCAUGCCACCCCCAAAAUUAGUGCCAGAAGGUUGGUGUGCCCUUUGGUACAGUAUGGGAGGGAGCUGCUGUGUGGGGUGGUGGGAUGAGGAGAAUCAGCAAAAGAUUGCCCUCCUUGUUCUGUUGACAGAUGCCUCUGCAGGAUCAAAUAGCCUCCUUCUGUUGGCAUGAGAGACAGCACUAGACUUAGCGUAUUGGGAGUUCCACGAUUGGCAACCUUUGAAUUACACAUGAUCUGUGCUCUUCAUGAGCUUGCAGAGACUACUUCCUUAGAGGUUUUUAAGCAGAUGUUGGGUGGCCAUCUAUCAUUGAUGCUUUAGCGGAGAUUCCUGCCUUGGACUACAGGAGGUCCCUACCAACUCUACAAUUCUCUGAUUCUAUCUCAUGGUGAUAUCAUUCUCCUCUUACUGUUUUCAGGGACCCAAGCCUUUAAACGAUGUGGCUGUUAAUCUCCCCAAGUCAAAGCAGGUACCAUUAGACAUAGUGAAGGUGGAACCCACCAUGGAAGUCGAGCAGGAAGCUGUCAGGCAGGCCAACUUGCUAGGUAAGUGUUACUGUCUGAACAGUUGAGCCCAGAUGAAGGGCACCUGCUGUGGCCUUCCAAAUGCUGUUGGGUCUCCAGCUCCCUUCUGCUGCAGCCACUGCAGCCAGUGACCAGGGAUGAAGGGAGUUGGAGUCCAGCAAGUUCUGGAAGGCAGCUGGUUCCGCAUCCCUGUUUGGGUGUUUCAGGCCUGGUUCUGACACAGACUCUUCCGGACAGAGUAACAGCAACCAGUGCUAUUGCCCCAGUAAAGGCGUAAUAUGUGCAUGUCCAAUUUCUCCUCUCGAUAACCUGGCCACAGCUUCUGGACCAGCCACAAGGGAAACCCCCAUUGCAGUCGUCCAGUUGUGAGGUUCAAUCUAAUAAUAAUAAUAAUAAUUAAUAAUUAAUAAUAAUUUAUUUUUACCCCACCCAUCUGACUGGGUUUCCCCAGCCACUCUGGGUGACUUCCAACAAAAUAUUAAAAAUUCAAUAAAACAUCAGACAUUAAAAACUUCCCUAAAGAGGCUCCCUUCAGAUGUCUUCUAAAAGUCAGAUAGUUAUUUAUUUCCUUGACAUCUGAAGGGCGGGCGCCACAACUGUGUAGCUAAAGCACACAAAUGAAAUAAAGACUCUUUUCAUUUCUAGCAUGGAAGAAUGAGGAGAAAGAAGAAUCUGAACUCUCAAGUCUUGGAAGAAGAUGCUUGAGCACAACCCAAGAGAGAGACUUCCAGAUUGCUGAGCCAGAAGAGACCCCUGGAUGUCAGUUGGACCCAGAAGAAUACUGUGGGAAGCAUCCAGAGAACGCAGCCGAAGAGGUCUCUUUCUGUGAGAGGGGUGAUAGAGGACUGUCUCAAAGUACCUUCCAAAAUGGAAGCCACAGCAGGCAUAGGAGGAAAAUGAGAGCCACUGAGGGCAGCAGAAAUCUCCGCCAAAACACUGACUCCCUUGAAAGUAUGGAAAGGGAGGGCAAGCCUUAUGCAUGUGUUUACUGCGGGAGAAGUUUCAACGAGAGUUCGUCAUUAAUUAUACACCAGAGAGCCCACGUGGGAGAGAGGCCCUGCAGAUGUUCAGAUUGCGGGGAAAGCUUUGCAGAGAGAGGAGACUUUAGGAAGCACACUUUGGCUCACAUGGAUGAUAAGCCAUACGAAUGCUCGUACUGCGGGAAAAGUUUCCACAGCAACUCUCACCUCCAAGCACAUACGAGAAUCCACACUGGGGAGAAACCCUUUGACUGCACUCACUGCGGAAAGACUUUUGGCACCAGCUCCCAUCUGAAGAGGCACGUUCGGGUGCACACCGGGGAGAGCCCUUUCAUGUGCACCGAGUGCGGGAAAAGCUUCACUCAGAAGCCGUCCCUUAUUAAACACAAGAGAACCCACACGGGAGAGAAGCCUUACGAAUGCCCUGAGUGCGGCAAGAGCUACCGAGAUAGCUCUUGCCUGCUGAGGCACAUCAGGGCCCACACGGGCGAGAAACCCUAUCAGUGCUCACGGUGCGAGAACCGGUUCAUCCAGAAGUCAGAUCUCAUCCGGCACGAGGGGACGCACACCGGAGAGAAACCAUACGAGUGCUCAGUGUGCGGUAAAGCCUUCGGUCAGAAAGGGUCACUUGUGAAACACGAGGGCAUGCACACGGGGAAGAAUCUCUACGAAUGCUUGGACUGUGGGAAGAGUUUCAGCCGGAAACAAUCUCUGGUUAGGCACAAGAGGACUCACGCGGGAGAAAGACCGUACAAAUGCACUGUUUGUGGCAAAGGUUUCAGCACUGGUGCUUACCUGGCAAUACAUGAAAGAGUGCAUACUGGGGAAAAGCCAUACAAGUGCUCAGAGUGCGGGAAAAGCUUCUGUCGGAAACCAUCCCUCGUUACGCACAAGAGAAGCCAUACGGAAGAGAAGCCGAAUGGCUGCUCGGUGUAAGGCCUCAACUGCACCAGGCCUUUAAAGCAAUUGAACGGUUUCACCACAAAAAAUCCCUGGAACUGUAGUUUGUGAAGGGUGCUGAAAGCUUUUAGGAGGCCCCUAAUUCUCCUCGCAGGCCUCAGAUUCCCAGAGUGGCUUUAAAAAUAGGUCCCUUUCCCCAGGGAACUCUGGGAAUUGUAGCUCUGUGAGGGGAAUCUCUAACAACUCUCAGUCAGCACCCUUAAUAGUUUCCAGGAUUCUUUGGGGGAAACCGUGGCUGCCAAAGUGGAAUAAGAGUGCUUUAAAUGUCUGUGGCCUAAAGUUGAGAUUGGAAACCAUGGCCCUCCAGAUGGUGCUGGACUCCCAUUUCUAUCGGCUACGCUGGCUGGAGCCAAGGGGAAAUGGGAGGCCGUGUGCCUCUGAAUGGCAGUUGCCAGGAAUCGCAGGUGGGAAGAGUGCUGUUAUGCUUGGGUCCUGCUCGCGGGCUUCCCAGGGGAAUCUGGUUGGCCCCCCUGAGAACAGGAGGCUGGACUACAUAGGCCUUUGGUCUCAUCCAGCAGCCCUGUUAUGUUCUCAUGGGUUGGGAGGCUCCCUAUUUCAGCUUCUGAGGGGUGGGAGGAGUUUCAGUUUCAUUCCAGAGCCUAUGGAACACAAAAAUAACCACCUGGGAAGAGGGCUGAGUUAAUAAACACGUCCCGAGGGAGAGACAGUUCUGUUGUCGGAGCAGUUUCUGUAGCUGUCAGAAAAUUCAUAUUUAUUUCACCAAGUGGGCCAAAGCCCUUCCUGAGCAGGAAUAAUAUUGGGUACUGAAAAUUGAAGGUAUUUAAAAUAGGAAAGGAACCCCCUGAAUGUGAGAAUAUCCCAUCUGGGCAGAUCACAUUGGAAAUAAGCCAGACAGGAGGCAUCACGGUUCAAAUACACAUACUAGUAAUGUGGAGGGCAUGUAGCAGGACCAGUGAGGGGUGUGGCCUGGGAGAAGGGGUGUGGCCUCGGUGGCAUUCCAAGGGUCAUACAGGGAGACCUGGCUGGAGGCCCAAAGUUUGUCCCUGGCUUUGGGGCUCCACAUCCCUGGCCACUGAUCCUGCUAGCUAGGCAUGAUAGGAGUUGUAGCUCCAAAACAGCUGGAGAGUCUAGUUGGGGAAACCCUGAUUUAGAUUCUCUGCUAUCAGUGUCCCCUCAAAAUUUCACUGGGCUUCUCUCAAUCUCAAUUUCUGUGUGUGUCUCCAUCUUGAUAGUUCUAUUGUCCUCCAAUUGCCCUUUCCUUCUCUCUAAUCUUCUCCUAUUUAGUAUGCUCCAGAAGUUCUCAGAUUACAACUCCCAGCAUCCCUGAUUACUGGCCAUGCUGGCUGGGGAUGAUGGGAGUCUAAACGUAUGCUGCCGCCAGAAAUGUUUCCAAAUCCACUACAGUGGUACCUCGGGUUAAGUACUUAAUUCGUUCCGGAGGUCCGUUCUUAACCUGAAACUGUUCAUAACCUGAAGCACCACUUUAGCUAAUGGGGUCUCCUGCUGCCGCCGCGCCGCCAGAGCACGAUUUCUGUUCUCAUCCUGAAGCAAAGUUCUUAACCUGAGGUACUAUUUUUGGAUUAGCGGAGUCUAUAACCUGAAGUGUAUGUAACCUGAAGUGUUUGUAACCCAAGGUACCACUGUAUCGCUUUCUUAGCAACGUCGCUCUCCUGAUUUCUCAAGGCUUGAAAUGUCAUAGCACACCACUCCAGCACCAAUCGUUCUCCUGUUUACACUUCAGCUCAUAUUUGGGGCCUGCAGAUGCAUGGAAUGUGCUAGAACACGAAAUGCCUCACCAGGACAGCUGCCAGCUCUCAAUUAAUAAUCAACAGAAUAUAUUGCUAAAGUUUACCUAUUUCCAUCUACCCAGACCACCUUUCAGGCCUAGGUCCCAGGAGGCAACUGAACAAACCAAAUGUUAAAAAUAAUAAUACUUAAGUUACCACUUUGCCAUAACUGCCUUGCAAGAGACGUUGACCAUGAGACUAGCUCCCACUCCCCCUGCCAACUCUGGCCAGGGAUGAGUGAGGUAGCCGUGCACCAGAACUAGCGUGGCCUAGUGGUUAGUGCAGUGGUUCUCAAAAGGGUGUGGCACACAACACUGGUGUGGCAGGAAAGGGUGGCAAGUGUGGUGGGAAUAUUCAAGGACAGUCAAAGAAACAUUUAAACUUUUCAUUGUAGUAUAAAAUAUAAAGAACAGACUAUAAAGAACACACAAUGCUGUUUUUAAUUGAGCAGAAAUAUGUUUGGAGUGACCAGUUUUGACAGAUUUUUAUUCUGAAAGUGUGGGUCAGUCACUGAAAAGUUUGAGAACCACUGGAUUAGAGUGUUUGACUGGGAGAUGGUUCAAAUCACCACUCGGCCAUGAAGCUCUCUGGGUGACCGUGGGUCAGUCACUUCAUCUCAGCCUAGCCCAGUGGUUUUCAACCAGUGUGCCGUGCCACCCUGGGGUGCCUUGAAUGAUACUCAGAGGUGCUGUGGGCAUCACUGCCUCUGUCCCUCUUUCCUUCCCUCCCUCCUCGGAUGCCCUCUGGAGUCUCUGCCUCCCAAAGGCUUGCACAGCUGUUUGUUGCAGCAGCCUGGCUACAAGCUCCCCAGGCGAAUAGUGCCUCUGGGGCUGGCCAGGGGGUGCUUCCCAGGCCCCUGUAGGGCACUGUGAGAAGCCACCUCUCUUUAGGGGCAGGGCGGGCGCAGCUCAAAGACAAAAGGUGGCAGCUAUAGCUGCCCAGAGGACUCCCAAGGAGAGGGGAGAAGAGAGGAGGCUGAGGCAACACUCCACAAGGGAGGAUUCAAAAAGGGGUGAGAGGCUGCAAGCUCUACAGGCAAGAGGUGACACAAAUGGGCUCCUGAGCCCCACAGGGGUGCCGCAGAAAUAUGUAAUUGGUCAAGGGAGCCAUGGACCCAAAAAGGUUGAAAACCUCUGGCUCCAUGGCCAGAUUGCCUCUGUGGCUGGGUGAGGCAGUCACCUCAGGUGACAGGCUGGGGGGCAGCUGGGAAAGGUGGCAGUCCAGCCCCACAAGUGUGCUGCUUGCUGCCUCCUAUGUUUGUUGCCCUCUUUCUCCAUCACCCCUUGUUCCUCUCCAACCUCUUUUUUUUCUCCCUUGCUCCUUUCAGCAUAGGGACGUGGGUAGCGCUGUGGGUUAAACCACAGCACCUAGGACUCGCUGAUCAGAAGCAGAAGGUCGGCGGUUUGAAUCCCUGCGACGGGGCGAGCUCCCGUUGCUCAGUCCCUGCUCCUGCCAACCUAGCAGUUCGAAAGCACAUCAAAGUGCAAGUAGAUAAAUAGGUACCGCUCCGGCAGGAAGGUAAACGGUAUUUCUGUGCGCUGCUCUGGUUCGCCAGAAGCGGCUUAGUCAGGCUGGCCACAUGACCCGGAAGCCGGCUCCCUUGGCCAAUAAAGCGAGAUGAGCGCCGCAACCCCAGAGUCAGCCACGACUGGACCUAAUGGUCAGGGGUCCCUUUACCUUUUUACCUUCAGCAUGCCAGGGCUUCCCUGGGCCACUGUCAGUUGCCUCAGGUGGUGGUAAAGGAGGAGCAGCCACCAUGCCUACCUCACAGGGUCAUUGUGGGGAUUAGAGGAGGCGGAGAACUCUGCACACCACCUCCUUGAGCCUCUGGGCAAGAUAGACACAAUAAAUAAAUAAAAUUAUCGCCGCCCUGUAGACACCUAUGCCCAGAUGUUGCUGUACUACAGCUGCCAUCCCUAACCAUUGGGCUCUGCUGGCUGGGAGUGAUGGGAGUUGGAGUCCCAACGACACUUACAGGACACAACAUGGGCUAUCUCCGAUCUAGGAUAUCCCUGUGUUUGCAUUUGCAAACCUGUUCCGGAUCAGUCUCUUGUAUUCCAGGUGUGAUCAAAGUGAGCUUUAAAACAAGAAAAAGAAAUAUUGGAAAGGUUUCAGUAAACAUGCUGGUGAAAAACCUGCAAUGUUGUUGGACUCCAACUCCUGUGAUUCCAUAAGGACAGAGGAAGACACUUCUGGAUCAGUGCAAUGGCAUCCUGGUCUCUCAGAGGCCAACCAGGGGCCUGUGGGAAACCUAAAGGCGGGACUAAGCCCCAAAGCCCUCUCUCUUGCUGUGGCUUCCAGCAACUGGUAUUCAGAAUCAUUGCUACCUCUGACCAUGGAUCACAGCCAUCAUGGCAGGUAGCUGUCCUUCCUGUAAUCUGUCCUGAAUCUGUAAAGUGAGAAUCACAGAAUUCUAGAGUUGGAAGGGAGCGUGGGGGUCAUUUAGUCCAACCCGCUGCAAUGCAGGAUUAUACAGCUGUACCAUAUGAGGAUCAAACCUGCAACCUUGGUAUUAUCAGCACCAAACACUAACCAACUGAGCUAUCCAGGACCAACUUUUUCUUUGUUCACUUUCUUUCUUUUAUGUAUUAUUUAUUUCAUAGAAUUUAUAUAUUGUAGGGGGGGACGCCUCAUAGCGCUUUACAUUAAAAAUAAAAAUAUCAGUUAUUAUUUUUUUACAACCGUAAUGUAAUACAUAUAGAAAAGUUAAAGCCACAAUAGAAUAAAGCACAUUAACACUCAUGCAAGCUUCCUAUACAUCAGUCUUAUUUCCUGUCCAUGGUCAGGAUGAGAGCUGUAAUCCAACACUCUCUCAAGGGCCAGGUGUUUCCCUGAUCUAAGAAAAUCCCACCCGCGUUUGAUCGCUUUUGCAUCCAUUUCAUGUAUAUAGGGGCCGGGCUGCCUUGUUCCUUUCCUGCUUUUAUGCCAUGAGCCACCCGGACUCUUAGGGGUUAAACUGAUAGAGAGAGGCGUUUCCUAGACGGGCACUCUCCCCCACCCCCAAGGUGUGCUCAAUUCUUUUUCCUGUUUCUCCUUGGCCAGGUGGGAGAGGCUCUUCUCUCUCCGUUCCGCUUACUUUUUCUCUCUCUUUUUUUGCCUUCUCAAAUUUUUGGCCAUUUUGGAUUGCAACAUCCGAGGGGCUGCAAGGGAUCCUGCAAGUGGAACAAUAGUAAUAAAAAAAGGUGAGCGAAGAGGGGAUUGUUUUGGGGAGAAAAGUUGUGAAUUGGGAAGGAAAAGGCAGAGAAGUGUCUCCUGCAGGAAACCGUCAGAAAAGACGGUUGCUUAAUGCGGAGCCAAGUGUGGUUCAGUGGUUAAGGGACUGAGCUAGAACUGGGGCAGGCGGGGGACCUGGGUUCAAGCCGUCACCCAGCCACGACGCUGCCUUGGUGAACUCGGGACACUAUCUCAACCUAACCUACCUUGUUAGCGUUUUUAUUAAAAAAUAUGGAUGUGGAAGUGAUUGGUCGUAUGCUGAUUUGAACUUCCUGGAUGAAAUGUGAGAUAACUGUAGAAUAAGAAUCCCAAUCUCCUGCAAGUGUGUGCCACAUAAUUUUCGUUCUGCACAUUAGAUUCAUAGAACUGUUGUAAGGGACUCUAAGGGUCAUCUAGUCCAACCCCCUUGCAACGCAGAAUUCAAACCUAAAUAACCCCUGACAAGUGGCCAUCCAACCUCUACAACAGUUACAAAAAUGUAAAUCAGGCAAAACUUUAAAGCCUGCAGAAAAAAAAAGAAAAGAAAGGAAUUUUUCCAGGGUGGUCAGGGAAAUAAACACUCCAAAUAAGUACAUCCGCAACUCGCAUCAAGGACCAGGUGGCUGAGAAACCCACUGCAGCAGGGGAGAAGAGGGUUGCCCAUGGCUCUUUGACAUCAAAGCCAAGAAUGGGCUACCUCAGAGCUGUGCUGGAUCAGGCCAAUAGCCCAUCUAGUCCAGCAUCUUGUUCUCACUGUGGCCAAGCAGGCGCCCAGAUGGAAAACCCACAAGGAGGACCUGAGCAGGAGAGCCCUGUCCCCUCCUGUGGUUUCCAGCAACUAGAAUUCAGAAGCAUCUCAGCCUCCCAAGUGUGGAGGCGGAGCAAUAGGCAUCCUGGCUAGUAGCCCUUGAGAGCCUUUUCCUCCUUGAAUCUGUCCACUCCUCUUUUAAAGCUGUCCAAGCUGGUGGGCAUUACUGCCUCCUGUGGCAGUGAGUUCCAUAGUUUAUGCAAUGGCAAAGAAUUGAUGCUUUCAUGCACGAGAAGUUAAUCUCCGGAACUCCCUGCCUAUUAAUAUCAGGCAGGUUCCUUCACUGAACUGUUUUAAGUGCCUUAUAAAUACCUACCGUAUUUUUCGUUCUAUAGGACGCACUUUUUCCUCUCCAAAAAUUAAGGGGAAAUGUGUCUGCAUCUUAUGGAGUGAAUGCAGGCUCCUUGGCUUCAGCGAUAGCAACGCGAAGCCUCCGAAGCGCAGAGGGAGCACUCUCCAGGCUUCAGGGAUAGCCGCCUGAAGCCUGCAGAGCGCAGCGCCAGUUCCCGCUGUGCUCUGCAGGCUUCAGGUUACUUUCGCUGAGGCCAAGAGAGCAAGACUCUCCUGGCUUCAGCAGAGAGGGAGAGCUGUGCAGCGCCCCUUCAGCCAAGCGGGAGGAGAAAUGGAAGGGGCUCCGUUUCUCCUGCCACUUCGCUGAAGGGGUGCUGAAAAGAGAGGAAGAGAAUUUUUUUUUUCUUGUUCUCCCCCUCUAAAACAAGGUGCGUCCUACAGUCCAUUGCGUCCUAUAGAGCGAAAAAUACGGCAAGUCCACUCAGGCGUGUAAACCAUAUUGCAUACACCGUAUAUACAGCGGUACCUCAGGUUAAGAACUUAAUUCGUUCUGGAGGUCCGUUCUUAACCUGAAACUGUUCUUAACCUGAAGCACCACUUUAGCUAGUGGUGUCUCCCGCCGCCGCCGCACGAUUUCUGUUCUCAUCCUGAAGCAAAGUUCUUAACCCAAGGUACUAUUUCUGGGUUAGUGGAGUCUGUAACCUGAAGUGUUUGUAACCUGAAGCCUCUGUAACCCAAGGUACCACUGUAUGUUUGAAAACAUAUAUAUAUGAAAACAAACAUAUCCCGUGCUCCGAUUUAUGGGAAGGGAUCUUCUGGGCCAAUAUCUGACUUUCAACAUGAUCACAUUCUAUUGAAUCAGACCUUUGGUCCAUCUGGUCAACCCUGCAGGCGUCCCCAGAUGAUGCUGGAUUCUAAAUCCCAUCCUCUGUGAUCGCUGCCCAGACCAGCUGGUGCUCAUGGGCAUUGGAGUCCCAACAACUUCUGGGAGCUCACAGCUCCUCCACUCGCGAUCACAAUGAUUUUCGGCUGUUCUUGGAGUCAGCUUCGCUCUUAUUAGUUCAGCAAAUUUCCCACUUGCCUUGUUUACUCCUCUCCCGCUCUGCUUUGCUCCCUCCAUAUUUUUGCUUUCUGGGACGGGUCAUUGAACUCUGAGAAUGCUUCUUGCUUGCCUGCAGGGAGGAUAGAGAAGGGUGUGUGUGUGUAAAUUUAUAUUGCUGUACAAAGGUAAAAAUUUUGCUCAUUGCUUUGCUCAUGUUUGCCUCUGGUCCCACCCACCUCUGACAUGUGGCCCAGAAGGGAAUGCGGCCUUCAGAAUCCCCACCCCUGCGCUGAUUUCCUGGUUCGGAAGGAGCAUGUGCCAAUGACUGCAGUAAUGGGAGAGGGUGGGGGGCUCUUGUCCUGCCUCUUGGGUCAUCUAAUCCAACUGCAUGCAAAGCGUUUUCCUGAACUAUUGAGCUGUGGUCUUUCCCCACAGAUGUGCAAUGCUUGUGCACAGUUCAUGCCUCUUCCCUUGAGGCCACAGGUGGGGGAACCAGUGCCCCUCCAGACAUUGUUGGAUUAUUUCUAUUUACCUAACAAAAUUGACAUGCCUUUUGACUGAAAAAACACCUCUAAGCCAUUUACAAAAAUAUACAUACUAUACUGUAUGUCUGUAGAAUGUAUAUCAUUGGUCACCCUGGCUGAGGGUGUGGAACUUGGACAGGGGUUUUUAUUUUUUGUAUUUUUUAACUGCAAGUUUUAAAACCAUAAAGGCUGGUAAUAACAACAACAACAACAAUAAUAAUAAUCCCCGCGACAGGGUGAGCUCCCAUUGCUCGGUCCCUGCUCCUGCCAACCUAGCAGUUCGAAAGCACGUCAAAGUGCAAGUAGAUAAAUAGGUACUGCUCUGGCGGGGAAGGUAAACGGCGUUUCCGUGCGCUGCUCUGGUUCGCCAGAAGCGGCUUAGUCCUGCUGGCCACAUGACCCAGAAGCUGUAUGCUGGCUCCCUCGGCCAGUAAUGCGAGAUGAGUGCUGCAACCCCAGAGUCGUCCGCAACUGGACCUAAUGGUCAGGGGUCCCUUUACCUUUACCUUCAUACAUACAUACAUACAUACAUACAACAGGAGGGCUACAAGCUCCCCCCAUCUCUGAUGUAACCAAACAAAGGAGUUUCCUCUGUUCACAAGUAUUGAUGGUUGUUUGCUUUCCAUUCUCCAUUCUGCAGCCAGAAUAACAAUGGAAGACCAGAACUUGACAGGAUCCUUCCAAAAGAAGAGAUUGGAGGCAGGAGGGGAAGACCCCCAGGUUACCCCCAUUGGGGCCUUGAGAGAGUUUCAGGCAGGGGCGACCCUGCGACAAAUUAAGCCAGAGCCGGAGGAGCAGUGCUGGGAUGCCCAAUGGCAGCAGUUCCUGAAGACGAUGAAGAGCCCUCAGUCAGGCUGGAGAACUCCGCAGAUAUCCAAGUUCACACCAGAGGAGGAUUUGAAGGACUCCCAGGCCUCGGGGAAGGCCGUCGCCAUGGGCAACCAGUGGCCUACAAGGGAGUGUGUGGCCCAAGCCCUGCCAGGCCUCCCGGGAGAAGUCCAGGAGGCCCAUCAAACUCUGGACCUUUCCGUGAAAGUGAAGGAAGAGGUUCCGGAGAAGCAAGCUCUCAGCUUGGAGAUGCGCUGCCUACGCUUCCGCCAUUUUGGCUACCGGGAGACCGAAAGGCCCUGGGAGGUCCUGAGGCAGCUCUGGGAGCUCUGCUGUCAGUGGCUGACACCUGAGAGGCACAGCAAGGAGCAGAUCCUGGAGCUGGUGACCCUGGAGCAGUUCCUGACCAUCCUGCCCCUGGAGAUGCAGUGCUGGGUCCGGGAACGCAACCCGGAGACUUGUGCCCAGGCUUUGACCCUGGCGGACGAGUUCUUGCUGAGGCUGCAAGAGGCGGAGCAAGUGGGGAGAAAGGUCUGAGAUAUUUUUGUAAUUUCAUAAACUAUGGGGAGUGUAUGCAGCUAAGUUGUACUCCAGGUCAUGAACCUAAGUCGGUCGUGUCCAUUGACGUCAAUGGGUCUACUCUGAGUAAGGCAAACAUUGGCUGCCACCCAAGGUUUCCCUCUGAGCCUGCUGACACCUCCGUCUUCUGUGUGGAUGGUGCCAUUUAACUUGCAUAAGCGAUUUCAUCUCACCGGCUGCGUCUCUCUUCCUGUUUCAGCUCCCGGAGCCUUUUCAUAUAGUGACUGUUAAGUCCCCCAAAUCAGAGGAGGAUCCCUCAGAUGCUGUGGAGCUGCUUUUCCCUGCGGAGGUGGCCCGGGAGAAUGAGGAGCUUGCCAGGUUGCUGGGUGAGGAUCCCUGUGUCCAAAUCUCACUGUUGGAUAGCCUCUGUGGGGAUGAUUCCUGCGCUGUGGGACUACAGCUCCCAUGGUGUGCAGGCCAGGAUUUUAUUUAUUUAUUUCCCGCCCAUCUGGCUGGGCUUCCCCAGCCACUCUGGGCGGCUUCCCACAAAAUAUUAAAAUACAUCAAACGUUAAAAGCUUCCCUAAACAGGGCUUCCUUCAAAUUAGGGGGGAGUAGUGCUCCAGCAGACGAGGAAACCUGCGACCCUCCGCAUGUUGCUGGGUGCCAAGGGUGCUGCCAGGGAAUGCACCCAGCAGAGAGUUAGUUCUUUAUUGUCCAAGCUGACACUUAUAGUAGUUUCCAUGGCUCCAAAAAAAACCACAUACACCAGCCUAGUGUCUAGACAGCUAUUCCCAGACCUGUGCUUUAUGGAGCAGUUGCAACAACAAGAGACCACAAUACCUCCACCAGUUUAUGUACCAUUCUCUGAUAGGCUUCACACAUGCACCUGGAGACUUCCCCAGUUAGCAGAGCCAGUGAUCAGGCAUGAUGGGAGUUGUAGUCUGGCCAUGUCUUGAGGCCCGCACGUUCCCCAGCGCUGCCACAGAGUAAGACGUGUGGUCUCCCAAAGAUCUGUCUUUGACCCUGUGCUUUUAAACUAGAUUAUAAACAACCUGAAGUUUGCAAGAAGCCUUGACGUUUGGCCAGGUUUGCCAGUGGUACCAAAUUAUGGAGGGUGGUAAAUAUGGAAAAGUUGUGAUGAGCCCCAAAAGGAUCUCUCCAAAGUGGGCGAACGGCCAAUGAAAUGGCAGGUGCUGUUUGGUGUAAGUAUGAAAGUGAUGCAUGUCGGGGCAAGAAAUCCUAGCUUCAUGUAUGUGCUGUGUUAAGUUGUGGGUGAACAUAUCAGACGACACAGCGAUUCUUCAAACAGCUCUUCUUUAUUCAGAGGCCAGAACUGAACUGAACUGAAGGGCUCAGUCAACCUGCUUAUAUAGAGCUCCAGUACCUCGUUACUGUAACAACUUUCUAAAACUAUCCAAUCACUGAACGUCACUUUCGAUCCCUUAUUUGCAUAACUAUCUACAGUAUCCCCCUGCUGACCCAGGGUGAGAACUUCAGUACAUAACAUGCUGAGUGGUCUGAGAUUGUAGAUACAGUGGUACCUUGGGUUACAUAAGCUUCAGGUUACAUACGCUUCAGGUUACAGACUCCUCUAACCCAGAAAUAGUACCUUGGGUUAAGAACUUUGCUUCAGGAUGAGAACAGAAAUCGUGCUCCAGCAGCGCGGCAGCAGCAGGAGGCCCCAUUAGCUAAAGUGGUGCUUCAGGUUAAGAACAGUUUCAGGUUAAGUACGGACCUUCGGAACGAAUUAAGUACUUAACCUGAGGUACCACAGUACUGAACAGGAGAAGGAUCUUGGGUUCAUUUUGUGGAUAGAUUGAUGAAGAUGUCCAUCCAGUUUGCAGCAGCUUUGAAAAAAGGCAAAUCCCAUGUUUGGCAAUCAUUGGAAAGUUAGCAAAUGUAGAACUGCCAGACUUAUUAGAAACCUAUAGCGCAACCAUACUUUGAAUACUGUGUAUAGUUCUGAUUGUCCUGUCUCAGAAAAUAUAUUGUAGAACUGGAAAUGAUCAUUAUUCUUCAAUUUAUUAUCUGGCCUUCACCAGCAGGUCCCAGGGCUAGUUACCACUAUUUCAACUUCAAAAGGAAUAAAAGUUAAAGAUUACCAUCACAGGAAUAGGGUCGGCUCUGAAAGCACGUGUCUCAGGGUGUGAGAGGGCAGGGUAAAAAUUCAACAUUCUCCCCACAGAUUCCUCAGAUCGUUCUUUACCCCACAGGUAAUGCAGAAACAAAGGCAAGGGAGGGAAAUCUUCCAUUGCAAAGAUCAAAGCAAGCAGAAUUCAACUCAAUACCUUUGGGAAAAGCCAGAGAGGACGACUUGCUCCAUCAUGACAAUCGAGCCUGGCUUUUGACUCAACAGGGACUAGAAACAUUCCAGCAAUCAGUGCCUUGUGAGGAAGUGGACACCAUCGUAUGUGACAGCCCUGUGAAACAGGGACUCGCUGAGGGCGAAAGAAGAAAUAUGUGCGUGGACUGUGAAAAUCUGUGCCAUAGCUUCAACUUUCCCAAGAGUCAGAGGAUGCACAUGGGAGAGGACCCCGACCACUGCAGUCUGUGCGGGAAAGCCUUGAGGAGCGGCCCCUCCCUCGCUGCGCGCAAGGGGGCUUUCCCCGGAGAGAAACCGUACCGGUGCUCUGAGUGCGGGAAGAGCUUUGGCUGGAAAUCGUCGCUCACUUCACACAAAAGGAUCCACACGGGGGAGAAGCCAUACAGGUGCUCCGAGUGCGGGAAGAGCUUUGGGAUCAGCUCCCAGCUGGUGAGGCACAAGAGAAUCCACACAGGUGAGAGAAACUUUCCCAUUGCCCCGACUGCGCUAAGAGCUUCAGCCAGGUAGCCUCUCUCUCCUGACACACGGGAAAACCGCCACGGGGGGGGGGGGGGAGAAUGAUCUGAAAUAUCAUAGCUUGAAUUGGUUUUAUUGUGGAUUGUUUUAUUUGAUGUGUUGUAAAGCGCUUUGAGGCUUUUUCUUUAAAAUAUAAAGCGGUAUAGAAAUGAAAUGAAUAAUAAGGAUAAUUUCAUUGCCAAAAGUAAAAAAUGGCACCUCGGCAUUCCAUUGUGGCGACCGUAGCCUAGGUUUAAGGAGACAUUUGGCGAUUAAUUUACAUAUCUGAGUUUUUAAUUCCGCCAUGGAAGGAUGCCAUCAGCAGGGCUUCCUCUCCCACUAAUAAGGCUGAAGGUGGCUGAAGCACAAGAUGGCGGUUGUGGAGCCUUGGUUUCCAGUAUUUUCUCUUGAUUAUAACUAUAUUAUCACUCCCCUCACCCUGGAAGAAAUCCAGUUAACCGCUCCACCCGUUUCUUUGUUAGAUCAUUUGGUUGCAAUGCCGUCGCACAAGAAGAGGAAGAUAGAUUUGGAGUGCCGCAUUUUCAAUAAGAAAUGGACACACGACUAUUUCUUUGUGGAGCUGAAAGGCAUGCCCGUGUGCCUCAUUUGUGGUGAGGCCCUCUCCAUCCUGAAGAAGGCCAACCUGCAGAGGCACUACAGGACGAAGCACAUCCAGUAUGAGGAGUUCCAAGGGCAGCUGCGCGAGGAGAAGGUCAAGGCGCUGAAAAUGGACCUGCAUGCCCAGCAAGGCAUCGCCCCGGAACCAAGGAAGGAAAUGGACAGCGUGGAGCAAGCCAGCUUCGUGGUGAGCGAGCUGGUCUCCAAAAAGCUUCGCCCGCUCUCCAGAGGUGAGCUGGUGAAGGAGUGCAUUGUGGCCACCGCCGCUCUCUUGGCCCCAGAGAAGCUGAAGCUCUUUGAGAGCGUGAGCUUCUCUCGCAGGAGGGGCCCAGCUCACAGCAAGAACUCGGCUCGGGGAAUGGAGGGGUCUCUUGCAAGGGACCCCCGAUUACCAGAGGUGAACUUGGAAAGCCAGCUGCUAGCGGCCACAUUGUUGAUGGCGCCAGGCAAAAGUGAGCUUGAAAAAGAAACACAGCCACAAGUGUCACACUGA